CAUCACAGGUCUGAUGCUGCAGCUGCUGCUUCCUGUAUUGAAGCACCAACAACCACAGAAGAGGAGCCUUUUUCUCGCUUCAGAGCUCCACACCCUGACCUGAAACACCGAGGAAUAAUAGUUGCUCCUGUCCUUUAGGAGGGGAAGCCAACCGGAGUCGGUCUCCCGGUGUAGCUGCCCGGUAAAACACCGUUUAGUCUCGUUAAAAAGCUGAGAAGAGGCACGAUUUUUUCCUGGAGUUAGCUAGUGCUAGCUAGUAGCGAGCUAAGUGGCUAAUGGCUAGUAGCAGCAGCAGCAGGUAGAUAGAUAACCCAGAAGAAACCAAAUAAUGUGUUUACUCCAAAAGCUUUAAAUGCAAAUUAAAGAGCACUUCGGUAUGAAAAGAUUUACCCAAAUAUAUCCUGACUGACAUGCUACUGAAAGUAGACUAACUUUGCUAAAAGAGCUGAGAUCCUGUUGCUCCUUUUUUUCUCCAGACUUGAGCUUCUAACAAGGAUAAAAAGAAAAGGCUAGAUUCAUUAGCAGCUUUCACCAGCUCACUGCUGCAGGUUAGUGGAUUCAUUUGAGACUUUCUCGGGUAAAUUAGUAUUAAAAAAUCAAAAUGCCUGCUAAAAGAAGACCAGUUCCCCUGAACAUAACGCCCAUAGGAGAGGGACAGGCCACCUCCAACACCAUCGAUGCUGCAUCUGAAGCCAACCUUGAGGCCUUACAAAAGAAACUGGGUGAGUUGGACCUGGACGAACAACAGAGGAAACGACUAGAGGCCUUUCUCACCCAGAAAGCUCAGGUCGGGGAGUUGAAAGACGAGGAUUUUGACCCCAUAUGUGAGUUAGGCGCUGGAAACGGUGGAGUGGUCAACAAGGUCCGCCACAAACCCUCGGGUCUGGUCAUGGCUCGGAAGUUGAUCCACCUGGAAAUCAAGCCUGCCAUCAGAAACCAGAUUAUCAGAGAGCUGCAGGUGCUGCAUGAAUGCAACUCCCCCUACAUUGUGGGCUUCUAUGGGGCCUUUUACAGCGAUGGGGAGAUCAGCAUCUGUAUGGAGCACAUGGAUGGUGGAUCCUUGGACCAGGUCCUGAAGGAAGCCAGAAGAAUCCCAGAAGAAAUCCUGGGGAAAGUUAGCAUAGCUGUAUUGAGGGGAUUAGCCUACCUGCGGGAGAAGCACCAGAUCAUGCACAGAGAUGUCAAGCCCUCCAACAUCCUGGUCAACUCUCGUGGGGAGAUCAAGCUGUGCGACUUUGGUGUGAGCGGCCAGCUCAUAGAUUCCAUGGCCAACUCCUUUGUUGGAACGCGCUCCUACAUGUCGCCGGAGAGACUGCAGGGCACUCACUACUCGGUUCAGUCUGACGUGUGGAGCAUGGGUCUGUCCCUGGUGGAGCUGGCGAUUGGCCGCUACCCCAUCCCCCCACCAGACGCCAAAGAGCUGGAGGCCAUCUUCGGACGGGCCAUUAUGGACGGGGCCGAGGGAGAGCCUCACACCAACAUGCAGAGGCCCAGACCACCGGGCCGACCCGUGAGCGGACAUGGAAUGGACAGUAGACCUGCUAUGGCUAUCUUUGAACUUUUGGACUACAUUGUGAAUGAGCCGCCCCCUAAACUGCCACUUGGGGUCUACACCAAUGACUUCCAGGACUUUGUGACAAAAUGUUUGAUCAAAAACCCAGCUGAAAGGGCAGAUCUGAAGAUGUUGAUGAGUCACACGUUCAUCAAACGAUCAGAAGUGGAGGAAGUGGACUUUGCCGGCUAUUUGUGCAAAACCAUGGGCCUCAACCAGCCCAGCACUCCUACCCGCGGCACUGAGUGAACCGGCCUUCACUGCCCUGACACACCUCUGGGUCUCGCUUGCAUACACCUAAAUAUACUGCACAUACAUGUACACAAGCCAUCUAACACAUUGGCACUUUUUUCCAUCUUGCUCUUGGGUAAAACAGUUUUGGUCCCCCCCUCCUCUCCUCAUUUAUUUCUUCACCAGCAGCAGAGCCUGUUCAGUCAUUGUACUGUAAGACCACAGCUUCACCAUGCCAGUGUCAAGAGUAGCCACAGCUCACUUCUCCACACUGCUACAGAGGAUGUAAAGCACUGAAGGGCUGCCAGGGUGUCAGCUGAAUUUGCAUUGAUUGACAAACUUCUUUUGUAUUGUUGAUUGUUGAAUAUAUGAAUAUUCUGUAUUAAUCUUUUCUAUGGAAGCAGUUGAUGGCUUGUGGGACUUGUAUUUUAAUAAAUGACCUGCUGUAGAGAUUUCCAAACGGAGAAAUCUGAAAAAACAUCACGACUUGCAAAUUCUAAAUUGGUUUUAUUGAAGGUGAAUGCAGCUAUUUGGAUUUAAAAUCCCUUUGUUAAACUUAUUCGUGCUAAAAUAUUCUCCGCAGAGACCUUUACAAUUACCUCCAACGUGAUAAUUAAAUUUGUAGUGCAGGACAAAUGGGCGUCAUCACUUUUUGGUACAAGAGCGAUCACUUUGUGAACAAUGUCACAAACCAAAGAGGGUACUCAAAGGUUUUUCAAUGCCUGAUCAGUUUGUUUUUUUUCGUAUGCACAUUCAUGAUCAGUCUAUAAGUGUACUUUGAAUGUUUUAAUUUUUUUCAUUCAGUGAUCUACACUCUGAUUAUGUUGACAUUGUUUCCUCAACAUCCAUUUCAAUGCGCAUCCCACACUGUCUCUCACACUGGAGGAGGCAUCUGCUGUGGAGGCCUGACAUAUGCCAGAAUGUCAUUAUUGGCAUUGAGAAAACAACGAUCAAAAUGUAUUCAUGGGAUGAUAUAGCAUGGUUUAUUAUCUUUCUAAUACCGUAUGUGUAUUUUCUUUCCCAAGAUCAUGAUGGGGAUGAUUAGCUGGUGUUUUUAUCAAAAGCCUGAAUCUCUGCAAUGUCAAUAUGAAAUUUCAAUCACGUUGACUAAUUCAUUUUUUUGUCUCUCUCUUUGUUGUUGAUCUGUACUUUACCCUGAAGUGUAUUUGGUUAUGUUUUCACUGUACUGCUACGUGUGGCGCUCCAAGCUUUCUCUUGGGACUCAACCAGCCUAGAGGCGUGCUUUUGGAAAAGACUUGGGUUGAAAUACAUUUGAAAACCUUUUCCCUGUGAUUUAACCCAAUUCAUUGUGGUGAAAAAUACGACCCAACGUUGAGUGGAACUUCAGACGUUUCCAGUAGUACAAAGGGAUUGACUGAACAUUUUAGCCCAGGUCAGUGUUGGUCACAUGGUGGUGGUGGUGUUACUUGCUAGCCUGCCGUCUUGCUAGAGCUCUUGUAUUCUCUCUGCUUAUGGCUACCCUUUUUUUAUUCCCCACCAAAAUAAUGUGCAUUUGUUCAGAGCAAAAUUAAUGCAUUGUCACUUGUAUGUGUACAAAGCUAUAUACAAAAAUUACAGGAGUACUAUUUUGCAGUCUUAAUAUACAAAUUUUUGAUUUAUGUAAAUGACAAGGGUGAAGAGUCAUUUUAUUAUAAUAUAAAAAUGUGUUGGAUAUGGUUCUAAUGUAUAAAAAGAUUAAAAUAAAACUUAUUUGUGAAUGUACUGUAAGUUGUUAUUCAUGACAGCUUGAUUCCUAUGCAUCUUUGUCUCUGAUAGAUUUACCAGAAUUUGUACCACAUUAAUAAAUGUAUUUAUUCCCUUUCAGCAAAACAAUAUUAACCGUACAGACAACAACAAUGAAGAAACAAAGACAGUACAUAGAUAUAUUACAGUUAAUACAAUUGCAGACUCCUAAUUUUUUUGUUUUUUUUUUGUUUUAUGUUUUUCCUUCAUUCAGGAUUGACAUGGUUGUUGUCAGGGCCGUAGCUACCAUUGAGAAUAUUGAGAUCAUGUUCUUGGUAUUGUUCCAGCACUGUUUGAGUCAUUUAAAUUGGGUUACUUUUGGGCCAAUGCAAUAAAAUAAAAAUAAAAAAUGUAA